AUGGCCGCACAACAACAACCUCCCGUUCAAUAUGCAUGCAAUGUUGCCAUUCCAGCCCGGCUGUGGCAUGUUGUUGUGGCGUUAGUACUUUGUGUAGGAUUUCUGUUGGUGGAUGUCCAGCAGAUCUUCCACACUCUUGGCUUUUUCGAAGAACAGAAGACCAACAGCGACAGCAGCAAUGGCAACCAGAGUGCAUCGGAUCUUUUGACGCGGAUGGAAUUGUUCUUGGAGGAGAGAGUCCAAAUGGAAAAGCGACAAAUGGUAGACUAUGGCAACUACUUUCAAAACCUUUUCUUCGAUGCUAACGCUUCCAACGGCAUCAACAACACCACGAAUGCAAGCACUUUACGGAAAAUCCGAGGAAAACUUUCCUUUUUCAACCCGGAAAACCCAACAGGGUUGGUUGGUUGGAACAGCCUGAAGGAUCGACUCAAACAAAAGGUUCUUACGGCACAACUAAACGAUCAGCAACGGUCCAACAAAAAGACGAAAGAUCCAAACAACAAUUCUACUGCAUCAGAGCUUGUCAAGUUUGUUUUUGCGAUUGCCGGUCAUUCCUCUUCGGCGGGGCAUGGGAACUUUGAAAGGGAUUCGUAUGGAGCUGUCAUGGACCGUGUUGUGGCUCCACUCUUUUCAGCAUUGGGGGUCCAACUCGAAACGAGAUCGUAUGGCAUGUCGGGCAAACCGUCGGCUCCAGAAAUGGCACUCUGUCAAGAAGCCAUUCUGGGAACCGACGUCGAUGUCGUCUUGUGGGAUUAUGCCCUGACGGAUAAUGGCAAAGUGUUUCAGUUGCCCUACUGGAUAGCUCGGGCCAUCAGUCGCAAGAGUCCUCCCAUUGUUUUGGUGCAUCACAGUGUUGGUGACAGAUACAAACCGGUCAUUGCCGAGCUCUAUGCCAACCACCCUCACUUGCCAUUGAUGGUUGGGAAUGCCACCGUUGUGGGUCAGGUCGAAGCUGCCGUUCCCGACAGCCUUCAAGUUGACGGCAAUGUGUCGCCCUUACCGCCCCUCUUACAAUUUCUGCGAUGCGGGCAAUCCUUGGAACGCAAUGUCUUUUGCAAAGAUUACAAAUUCAAUCGACAAAUCUGUCCCGACAGGUACUGGAUGAUGGAUUGGCAUCCAGGAUACAAACGAUUGGCAUUGUGGGGGCACUUGCUCGCAUUGUUCCUGGCAGAUGCCAUGGACGAAGCAAUCUACGAAUUGCAGAAUGAGAUGAAAGCAACGAUGAACCGCGGUAGCGAGUCGUCUGUGCUGCAGCUGUUGUUGCAGCAACUUGACCGGAAGUGGCAUGAGCAGAAUCGGAACAUGGUCAAGGACAGUGCCAGCUCUCAACCCCUACUCAACUUCAAAGGGAUCCCCUUAGACCAACAAUUGAAUUUGGAAGGCAACAAUAGAAAAGUCAAAACGAAAGAUGUCAUUCUUUGGUUUUAUCACUCCAGGAACAUUUGUCGGACCAUGCGGCUUCCAUCGCAACAGCGCUACAAGGGAAUCUCGACGGGAUAUCCAUUCCCGUCCAUUUACUUCAAGAACCAUCACAACAGCAGCAGUGUUGCCGUCGCUCCCGAAGAAGGACUGGAACAUGAAGUGAUCGUGGCAACUUUUGGAAGCACCACAGCCAGAAGACAGGAUGUUGAUUCCAAUGAUGCCCUUCCAUUGGAGUUGGGGUACGAUGCAUUGGCACGAAGAUCCCAGCGUUCUUGCACCAGUGACAUUACAAAUCGAGACUUUUCUGAUUACAUGUACGCCACGGAUCAAUGGCGAUAUGCAGUGUUGCCUUCCCAAGCCGAACGGGAGGAAUAUCUUGCAAUCGACAAUACUGCUGGAGGCAAUGAUGGGGGGCAUCAAGAACAGCGCUUUCAUCAACUACGUGGCAUUAUUCUUGCAUGUCCACUGCAAUGUAAACGACAAACCAAGGCAUGUUACGGUGAUGAAAUUGGGAAAGAACAUUGGAAUGAUUACUUGCAAUGGCAUGUCAAUGAUGUAUCCAAGGGGAUUUCCAUGAUUCCUUUCCUUGGUGGGGAAUGUGCUGUGUUGCGCCACAGUCAGCCAAGAACAAUGGGGAGUAAUGUCAUCUUCCCUCCACGAAAGGAUGGCACCUUUGAAAUACGAGUGCGCAUCAAACCUCAUCAGGAACCUGAAGGUCCCAAAAUUUUGCAGCUGUCCUCCAUCGUGCUGAUCUAA